AACACAGUUGCGUGUUCGGUACAGGAAGCUCCGAAGUAUAUUAAACAAUUAAAUAGCGCUAAAGGGAAAGUUGAUAUUUUAAAGUUAAAGAGGAUGUCACCUUAUUUCCAGGAGCCCACACCUGGUUUAACAAAACCUAAUAUAAGAGAUUCCACUGAAGAGAGUAUAAUAGAUUUACGUUUACCAUCGUCGUUAUUAAAAGAGCUGGAUUUAAGUAGUGUUAAACCAGAAACAGUCAAUAAGAAUAUUUAUGAAACAAAGGGAAAUUUAUACAGAAAUAUAAGAAAUUCAGCUAUACAAAGUCUGUCGCAUAACGUUUUUUGGACUGAACAACAAGACUUUACUUUGGCCGUUUGCUCUUACGAAGCUGAACUUCUUAAAGUUAAAGUUAAACAAAAGUGUAAAACUAUAUGGUCUAAAAAAAACUUUGUCCCUCAAAGCGCACCGUCUUCCUUUAAAGCGCCUCCUGUAGUAAACACUAAUAAUUCUUUACGCAAAGAGCCUUCUGAGAAUAUCGUUAAUUAUGGUAAGAGAACUAAUUUUGUAAGCAAGGUUGCCGGUGGAACCACAACUAAAGAGAAAAAAUUAAAAACAUACAAUUUUCCAAGACCAAAGUUCUGUAUUAGAAGUUUGUUGACGGGCGAUGAUUGGUUUCUGAUCUCCAAAAAAAUUAAUGAUGGAAAGCUCUCCUACAGUCACCAUCAUUGCAGAGUGAGAUACGUAAAUUAUCUGAAAACAAUCGCCAGAUCAAUACUACAUCAGGCGAAAACUGACUCGACGGUAAAAAACUUUAUUACAAACUUGAAGAAGUUUGUUACUAACGAAAAGGAGAUAGACUUGCUUGAGUGGAAUGCAGUAGCUGAAAAAUUUGAGUGCUACAGGAUUAUACAUACGGAAAACAGUGGAUAUCAAUUAAGCAUUUGUAAAGAAAGUGAGGCUCUUCAGGAGGGGGCUAUGAACAGCAAGUACGGCAUCUCGCUGAGUCCCGCUAUAGUUUAUUUGAUUUAUAAGCUUUCGCCUAAGAAUUAACGUUGCUUGGAAGAGAUUGGAAUUCUGAUCAAUUUUUUUUUUUAGCUUUAUUAGGAUGAACCAAAAAAUAAUCUGUUUAUAUCCAU